AGAGACCGUUGCUGUAGCUGCCGUACCAGUCGUUACGCGCUCUAAAUCCCACGACAAACGUUUGUUAUGAUCGCUAUAUAAAUGAGGGGGCGUGUGAAUUGUACUUUUCAUUAGAGGCGGAAUCCCGAUGAUGACCUAAAUGCACUAGUUUUGCUUUCGAUAGCGCGGUGAAAUUGUUUACAUUAUGGCUACCAGUUCAGUCAUUAGCUGAAAAUGUUUUGGAAGUGGAAAUUGGCUUUGUUUUGUUUCGAAUGCAUUACAUUAGAUUUUGUUUUUAUUUCGGUUAACGGUAGUGUGUUGUAAAAUGACUUGAAGCUAACCAUCAGCACAUUGUUUUUGUUUUAGUUCCUAUUAAGUUAUUAGCGUCUCGUGUUGCAUCUUCAUUUUCCCGCUUAUAAGUGCAUCCGUAACUGAUAGUAUCGCUUGAAGGUAUUGAGAUUACUUGGUUUAAGAUGGAAUUGUAGGCAAACUUACCGCGUAUACUUAACUACAGGUUAAUUGGGAAAUCAGAAUUUAAAAUGGUUCUUUUGUUCACACAUCCUGUACAUUGUUGCUUUCCGUUUAUUGUUCUUUUCAGCAGCGAAACACCGAUCAGAAACAUACUAGAUUUCAGUUUUUAUUGAGUUCCAUUUUUGCUGUUGGUACUUAGUUGUGAUAGUUUUUAGGCUUAAAACAGAAAAUGUAAUUUGGGCGGGAACACAUUUGUUUACAAUGACAGUUCAUAGAUUUGUUUUGAAUUAAAAUUAGAUUAAUGAUUACUCGGCUAGCAUGAGCAUAGCAGUGAAAGUAUUUGGAGACAAGUGCUCAGGAAUCUAACACUGACUUGCAAUUCAAUUAGCUCCAAGCAUUGGACACCCAUUGCACAUUUUGGUCCCUUGCUUUCCGCCAGACUUUAUUUUCGAAGUAAAUUGAAAACUGUCGCAAACUGGAUAAAGGCGAGUGUGCAAUAUGUAUUCAACUUUCUCAGGCAACCACCAAAUGCGAACUUUUACAUUGAACACCUUUUAACUACAGAUAACAUAAAAGCAACAGUGUGAAAUACACAAUUUGUAUACGUACUCAGCAUGUCAGCUUUACUGGUUGGAAGAUAUAAUAAACGAUUAUCAGACUGGCGUAUCACACCUGGGGCACUGUACACAUACAAUCUCCGGCAAAGGUUGGAGCGCAUGGACCGUCGUGUUAACCUUCACAAACAACGAGAUGGGUUAAUGCCACCUGUAGAUAAUAUUGCUGAGCGUUCCCCUCCUGUGCCAUCAUUUGAAAGUACAUUUGUCGUUCCCAAGUUGGAACCAAAUGUGCUGCCUUCCUCGCCAGAAUCGGUGGUGUCGGCACCGGUCCCAGCUGUUCGGCAACAUUUCUACCGCCCAGGUACGCCCUUCCCAGGCAGAAUAGAGUACCGUGAAGAACCGAGAUACUCGCCACCGCUACAGCACCGUGAAGUCGCGGCGAGAGAGAAUGGGGUGCCCAGUGCAAAUGCUACACUCGCGGUGGCGCCUCCCGCUGCCUGCGAGGCAGAGGGGGAGCCGCCAAAGCGGAGGAGGACGGACGAGGGCGAACCUUCACCGAGAGUGCCCUCGCCCACAGGGCAUCCGUCAUCUCUCGGUGCGGAGCGUGUAUCAGACGCUGCACUCGACUCCGACGGAGCGACGCCACAUCGCGAUAGUUCCGAGACCUCUCACACAGACGACUGUCAGCGUAUGGGCCGGGGCACAGCUGCGUGGGUGUCAUGUGCUGGGAGGCGACGACGACGUCUCCACUUUCGCCAUGGACGCUCAAAUGAGAGCGAGAGCUCGGCUGUGUCGCAACCUCACUCGCCUACCCGCAGCGGGUCGGGCGAUUCGCGGCACCCGAGUCGCGGACGGGGACGGCGGGCACUUCGCGUUCAACACAGGGGCCGCACGGCAGGGGGGAGGAGACGGCGCAGGUCUGGGGAUGCGUUCAAGGAUGUCCUGUCCACAGACAGAGCAUACUGGACAACAAUUGGAGAGCUGUCAUCUGCGCUCAGAUUGCACGAAGGCCUCGGCACGGACUGCACCACUGUGGAGGUCCCUAGUUGGAGGCACAAGGUUUACACGAGCUGCUACGCAAUGGAGGGCACCGAGAACUUGGAUGACGAGGUUUUCAGUAAACGUCAUCAGCGUUAUGAGAGUGACGAACGACGCCGGAAAAGGUGGGACGUGCAGCGUAUCCGCGAGCAGCGCCACGUGGAAAAGUUGAGGCAGCAGGAGGCGGCACGCGCUGUGUCCGCCCCCAUCGGUCGCGCGUCUGGCGGGCACCGCCGCAGCGACGACAAUCCCCUCGCAUCGCUGUGGCCGUCACCGGAGGAUGUCACUUAUGUGGAGAUUGGCGAAAAGCUGCCUGUUGCUGCUUUUGGAGCCCCUGUUAUCAACUUCCACCCCAAUGAGUUCUCACUACCGUGGAAGUGGCGGCCGGGUGUCCCGGAGAAGAUGUUGCGUAGGAGACACCACGGGCCCUACACGAACAGAGACGGAGUGCCGCACCAGGGCUGCGAUGGCGAGGGCGGAGGUGGAGGCGGCACAAAGCGCUAAGGCCAGGCGCGGAGCUGUCACUACGGCUCGCCAGAGAUCUCAGUUCGCGCACCCGGCUGCGGCUGUGGGUGCGGAACCUACACCACCCGUCCCGUGGGGGGCGCCCGACUGUUAUCGGACUAGCUUUAACUGGUGACAAAAUGAACUGUGGACUCUCGAUUCGGAACACUGUGAAAAAAAUUAUAAAAAUUAUAUGUGUGUUUGUGUGUGUGAGGACAGAGUGAGUGGAUGUAUACUUUUGUUUGAAUGCGGGUACAAAAUGUUGCACACUUUAACAAUAUUUGUGAUCAAAGAAUAGUGGAAAGUUAAUAAAUUCUUCCUUUGUAUAUA